UUAACAUACUGUUAUAAAUACAUAUAGUAAUUAUGUUAUCUAACCGAAUAUCAACAGAAUACGAAAUCAAUCUACUACAUUACCUAAUAUGUGCCUCGUGAAUCAACCAUACAUUCGGUAUCAAAGCAUAGGGAAACUAGGUGAAUGUGUUCAUUUGAUUUCAAGUCUUGGCCUAACAACCGCAAAAAAAUUGUGUUCGAAUGAUUAGAGAAUAGCCUUUGUCAGAUUUCAAAUUGUGGUUUUCACAGUGACUGACCAAUUUCGGGAAGUGUGAACUAAAUAUUUCACUCGAUACUGAUUAUGGUAAUGUUCAUGAGAUUGGUGCGUAGGGUAUGCGUAGAUAAUGGUAUUACAAGCUGUGUGUAAGAUAUGAGUUUUUCGGAAGUUUGUUUUGAUUCAACAUACGUUCAUUGAUUACAUGAGAUACUGUUAAGUGUUAUAAACUCUUGAUAGUUUAAAAAUUUCCCAUAAUUUUGUAUACAAUUUAAACCUUCUACGAGCAAAUUCGUUUACAUGUAAACAGAGAAUGUGGUGUUUUAUCGAGAAUCUCAUAUUUGAUGAAAAUCCACAAAAUCCACAAGAAAUGGUGAACUUUUUUUUAAGUGCUGAGAUAUGGUUCUCAAACUAGUUCUCAAUGAAAAAUAUUCGCACAUGAUGUGUUGAAAAUAAAAUUACAGUGAAAGUAGUUGAGAUAUCAAAUCGGUACCAAAGAACGAAAAAAGUUCUUCACUUUGAAACUCCACAAUAAUAUAAAAAGUAGUGUAGUGAAAAUGACGAACUUUAACUUAUUUUACUUAUGAAACGUUUUUUAAAUUUCAUUGAUAGGACAAUGUAAGGACACUGUUUAGUUUUUCGCUACGGAUACAAACAAUUUUGCGGAUUGGUGUAGUUAAAUCACAUUCGACCAUCUUUUAUGAUCUCAUGCCAAGUUGUUUGGUCGUGUACUUACUGCCUCAAAAGUCAAAAUCGGAAAUAUUUUCUUUGUAUCGAAUCGUGUCGGGAGCAGGGUUAUUAUAUCUACAGAAUAAUAUCUAUUUAUACAUACUUUUUAGACUUUUUGAAACCAAGAAUCUGUAGAUACACAUUACAGAUUUUCGGGAUUUCAUACAGAAUUUAUAGAUUUUUAAAAAUGAGGUUCCAAUUUUGUACAGUAAUUAUUUUUAUUCAAUGGGUUUCAAUAUUUUUUCCCAUCGCAUUUCUUUUUUGGCAUUCAUAUGUAGUAAUGUUCUGCUUUCUCAUGUACAAUGUGAAGAAAAUAUAAAAUUUUACGUCGUUUAUGAAUCGGCUAGCUUUACAGUCAGCUUCUAAAUCAUUUCUUGACGAAUUUACGAGAUGUCGAUCUAUAUUGCAAACACUCUCUAUUAACCCCUUGAACGACAAUUUAUCUUCAGACAGCACUGCUCUGGCAGACGAUUUAUUUUUUUAAUUUUUCAAUUUUUCUAGAAGCAUGCACACAAGUAUAUCAAAGCAAUAGAUCGAUAUGACUUACAGAUACUGCUCUCAUAAAAAGCAUCAAACCUCAAUUUAGUCGAACAUUACGGCUCAAAUGGUCCUAAUAAACCAAUGUUCCUAAUAUGGGCAAUUUUAUCCUGAAGACACUUCAGCUUCCAACCCGAUUUCCCAUAUUCACUAGAUAUUGUUCCGAUCGAAGCCCUGUGAAUAUGUGGGUCAAUUCUAGAAUUGCUUGUUAAGACAAGGAUUUUUUAGAAAUCUUUUUGCUGUGUGAAACAUUGAAAAAACGCUAACGCUGGAAGAUAAUUCGAAUGCAAUAAAUUUUUGAAGGAACCUUCAAAAUUAUAAAUAACUUUUAAAGCUUUUUUUUUGUAUUCCCAAUAUUAACGGCUUAAACUCGAAAUCGUGCUCUAAAAAUGAAAAAUUAGUUUAUGUUUGUACAUUUAUUUCAUUAUUUUCUCGAAAAAUUUGGUAUAAUCUGUUUUUGCUUGAAAGUUGAUUACUCUACACUGUUGUAUGAAAAAUGCUAAAGGACAGGUGAAACACAUGUCAACAAUACAAGUGAAACCCAACGGGUCCACAAACUAAGAAAAGCGUAUUUCGACUAAUUGCUCUCAAUUCUCAUGUUAUCCAGAUUCUUCUCAAAUAAUAUUCAGGGAAAGUUUGUAGCUAUUGUUCGAAAUACAUGGGAAUAUAUACCGAGCAACUGGUGAUUCAAUUACUGCUCUCCAAUAGAGAAGAUCAUAAGUCAAUUUACCGGCAAUAUAACGCCUAUCAGCACACUUUCUGUAACCAUUCUCUUCCAAAGCGAUACCGAUGAUAGUUUUACCGUUCGUAGAUAUAUCUAUCAUUUAUCUGUGUCGUAAAUUGAAACUCUCAACUUGAGUUUGUUGAUUUCAUAGCCGUUAUAUGACGUUAUGUACGUGAUGUUAUUUACAUCCCGAAUGUAUAACGUAUGCCUGUCUACAGCUGACCCGAAUAAGGCAGUCCAGUGUUGAUACUCGCUACAACUUUUAGUUCUCCUAAGUGUCCCGCACCUUUCCUGAUUUUACAACGAGUUGUAUUUAUUUACCUCAAUGUCGAUCCCAGCAUAAUCAAACCAAAACACUGAAAUGCAGGCACCACAGUUCAAAGAGUUCGCCAAGGAGAUGGUGGACUACAUCGCUAACUAUCUGGAAAACAUCAGAGACAGACGCGUGCUUCCUGAAGUUCAGCCGGGUUAUCUGCGACCGUUGAUCCCCGCGGAGGCUCCCCAGCAACCGGAGUCAUGGCAGGACGUGAUGGCCGACAUCGAGCGGGUUGUCAUGCCCGGUGUAACCCAUUGGCACAGCCCGAAAUUCCACGCGUAUUUCCCAACGGCAAACUCCUAUCCGGCCAUUGUGGCGGACAUGCUGAGCGGUGCCAUCGCGUGUAUUGGAUUCACCUGGAUUGCUAGCCCCGCAUGUACCGAACUGGAGGUAGAAAUGCUCAACUGGUUGGGAAAAAUGCUGGGCCUUCCAGAAGAAUUUCUGGCUUGUUCUGGAGGACAAGCUGGCGGUGUGAUCCAAGGAACGGCCAGCGAGGCUACACUCGUUGCGCUGCUCGGUGCCAAGGCUAAAGCCAUCAAGCGUGUACAGGAGGAGCAGCCAGACUGGGAUGAGAAUCAAAUCAUCUCGAAACUGGUGGGAUACACCUCAAAUCAAUCUCAUUCUUCGGUGGAGCGCGCUGGACUGCUGGGCGGUGUGAGACUCCGUUCGCUGAAGGCUGACUCUAACCUUCAACUGCGGGGAGAAACUCUAGAACAAGCUAUCAAGCAGGAUCUAGCCGACGGUCUGAUUCCGUUCUACGCCGUGUGCACUCUUGGCACAACCAACACCUGCGCAUUCGAUCGUCUCGAUGAACUCGGCCCAGUUGGUAACAAAUACAAGGUGUGGAUUCAUGUGGAUGCGGCUUAUGCUGGAUCGGCUUUCGUCUGUCCCGAAUACCGUUCGCUGAUGAAUGGAAUCGAGACGGCCGAUUCGUUCAAUUUCAACCCCCACAAAUGGAUGUUGGUAAACUUCGAUUGCAGUGCUAUGUGGCUGAAGGAACCGUACUGGAUUGUGAAUGCCUUCAACGUCGAUCCUCUGUACCUGAAGCACGAUAUGCAAGGAUCGGCUCCUGACUAUCGUCAUUGGCAAAUUCCGUUGGGCAGACGUUUCCGUGCCCUGAAGUUGUGGUUCGUUCUGCGUCUGUAUGGCGUUGAGAAUAUCCAAGCCCAUAUCAGACGCCAUUGUGCAUUCGCUAAGCAAUUCGAGGCUCUAUGUUUGGCGGACGAUCGUUUUGAAAUUUUCACCACCGUUCAGAUGGGUCUGGUUUGCUUCAAGCUGAAGGGAACUAACGAACUCAAUGAAGCUUUGCUGAAACGUAUCAAUGGUCGUGGAAAGAUUCAUCUGGUCCCAUCAAAGGUUAACGAUACGUAUUUCCUGCGUAUGGCAGUUUGUUCCCGAUUCACCGAAGCAUCGGAUAUUGAGUACUCGUGGAAGGAAGUCGCCGCCUCGGCUGACGAACUAUUAGCUGAAAAGAAGUGAACUGGUGCUGGAAAGUGUUCCUGAUGAUAGGAAAUAACUAAAAUAUUUCUCUAUCUCUCUGCUCAUAAAUGAUAUACUAUGUUAAUAUUGUCUUCGUCGUGUAAAUGUACUUGUUGUAACUAUAUGUGCGAUUUGAGAGCAUGGUGGGACCAUGUAACGUAAAGGAUACAAUCAUUCCAUUGAUGUAUACAGAUGCAUGCCCUAUCGUAUCGUAAGCUUGUUAUGUCGAAAAUGUCCCUUGAUAUAAGUAAUUGUUAAAAACAUAAGAUAAAUAAAGUUAUUUAUUGCAAGAACAACUGAGAAA